AGGUGACAGGAAUGUCAGGUCUCCCAAUGCAAGCUUGGAGGGUAAUUCUAAGUUGAAUCUAACGUUAAUAGCACACAGAUAACACCCACUGGGCACUGCUUGGCUGAAGCUUGAGCGGUGGGCUAGGAUCUGAGGGAACCCAGCUGAGGCCAGCGGCUGCAGCAGUGCAAGGCGGGGCUGCCGCUGCACCUGUGCAUCCCAGCUUCGGCUGGUCCCCUCACCUGGACAGAGGCAGCCGAGCCACAUCCCACGGAGAGGCCACAGCCACGGUGGGGAGCGGUGGAGUGGCCCACGAGAGUCUGAGCCAGAGUAAAGCCACCUUGGAUCAACCUUGAGCCACAGCCCACUGCUGAGAGGACCUGCCUGGACAGAGCAUCUCUGAGAUCCCAAGGUGCUGGCUCUGCACAUAUUGACUUCUUGUUACCAGAAUGGGGAAACAGAACAGCAAGCUGCGCCCUGAAGUCAUGCAAGACUUACUGGAAAGCACAGACUUCACAGAGCACGAGAUCCAGGAGUGGUACAAAGGCUUCUUGAGAGACUGCCCCAGCGGACAUUUAUCAAUGGAAGAGUUUAAGAAAAUAUAUGGGAACUUUUUCCCUUAUGGGGAUGCUUCCAAAUUUGCAGAGCAUGUCUUCCGCACCUUCGAUGCCAAUGGUGACGGGACAAUAGACUUUAGAGAGUUCAUCAUAGCCCUGAGUGUGACGUCAAGGGGCAAGCUGGAGCAGAAGCUGAAGUGGGCCUUCAGCAUGUAUGACCUGGAUGGUAAUGGCUACAUCAGCAAGGCAGAAAUGCUGGAGAUUGUACAGGCGAUCUACAAAAUGGUUUCCUCUGUCAUGAAAAUGCCUGAAGAUGAAUCAACCCCAGAGAAAAGGACAGAAAAGAUCUUCCGCCAGAUGGAUACCAAUAGAGAUGGAAAACUCUCCCUGGAAGAAUUCAUCCGAGGGGCCAAGAGCGACCCAUCCAUUGUGCGUCUCCUGCAGUGUGACCCCAGCAGCGCCGGCCAGUUUUGAGCCCUGCACCCCCAAAGACGCUACAGCUGCUUGUGUCUCUCCUGAUUAGCUUUUAAACUUACUUCGUUUUUGUUCUUUUGUUUUUGCCAAACAAUAUUGAUGGUGACACUGUGCCCUCUUCAGUCAGAUGUGCCCUCCUGUGCCACUUUUGCCCCUUGCUUCUUUCAUGGUGGAUGUGAAUGCCCAGAGCCCGUGUGCUUGUGGAGAGCAUGCACAGACUUCGUGGUGUUCCCUGGUGGAUGACUUUUUUAAUCAUCUUUUUUUUUUCCUUUGAUUCUCAUGUCUCCAUCUUAAAACCCAAGACUUGAGGGGCAAGAGAAGGGAAGUACAUCUAACCCAGAUAUCCUUCUGCAAGCUUGGAGGAGCUUUGUUUGAAACACAAAACCCCUAACCUGGGUCUGUUGUCACACAUGCCCUCGGAGCUGUAGCAGACACCUGAGGCUAAGUUUUCUAAGAACAGGUUACCCUCUGGGGAGAGGCUAUUAAAGGGAGCUGGGACAUUCCCCCCAGAGGCCACUCCCUUCCGCCCCAGCAGGCUGUAAUUUCUAAGCUGUGAACCUUUCAAGGUAAAUUAACAGAGAUGGGAAAAGAUGGCUCAGCUGUUUGUUUUGUUUUUUUUUUUUUCCUCCCACAGGUUUACACAAGUUGAGCUAAUACGAGUUUCUUUAAAAAAAAAAUCAAAUACAUAUUCAAAAGCCAGACCCAUCUUGUUGCCUACUUGUGAUUUAUAAAGACUGCUGUAUAUAAAACAUUGGGCAUUGCAGACCAAAUUAAGUGUUUUGCCUUGUAAAUGCAUGUUUAGUGAGUGCUAAUACAAUCUUACUGCAGAAGACUGUUUUAGUAGCUUAUUGUGAAGCCAACUACAAUGAAUGUCAAUGUCUUGUUUUAAAGUCAUAGCUGUCUUUGCACAAAUGUACCAGUUAACAAGUAUAUUUUAUAUACUCCAUAAAACCACAAAAGAACAGUGACAAGGGACCAGCUUUGAUUUCGAAUGGCUUCCUGGAGUCAAGGUGGCUGGAGGACACGAGGAAGCCAGCUGUCCAGGCGUCCUGCCCAUCAGAGCAGCACUGGGAGCUCCACGGUGACAAGGGGCCAAGGCCCAGCAGUAUACAGGCAUCCAGCGCAGGUGCGACGACGCUUGGCUCAGCAGAUGAAUGUUCUACAGACGCAGAAAAACUAACAGAGACUUCCUAGCAGUUUAACCCACGUCCUUGGUAGGGUAGCCACAUCUCCUGCCUCCAGGUACCCUCUAAAUGGUCAGGUAUGGGAUAGCCAGGCAAUUCACCCAUUAUAAGAGCCAGCAAAGGGACCUGCAGUGCCCAAGGCUGGCUGUGGGGAUGCUCUUCCUCACUGUGAGAGAGCGCUCUUCCUCACUGUGUUCUUGGAAUGCAGCAAAGCUGAGCUGCUGCUGCCUCCGCUGGUCACCUCAUGCACACUACUUUGAAAUGAGGGCCAGAAAUAAAAAAACUCCUGGCCACAGGCAAGACAAAGCCUCACAAGGAGCUUGUAUCAGAAGGUCUCAAUACUCAAGAACAUCGGUGGCAGACCCUGCCUGAGAGGAAGCGGGAAGGUCUCUGUCUGGCAGCCAUGCCCUGUAGAACAAAAACCGCAAAAAGAUAAACACAACCAGAAGGAAAGUUCCUGCCAGCCCGCAGGUCCCCCCCGCCCCCCACAGUGACACUCUUAACUGGCAGAAGUUUAAACUUGAAUGGUGGAUUAAAAUGAAUCACUUAGUAGAUUGAAAUUUUGACACCUAGAUUUUGUAAUCUUAAUCUUUCCUAGUGUUGUUUUCCUUAUAUUUUGUACCAAGGUUUGCCAACUCGUGUGGACCAAAUGGUAAAAUCUGUUUUUGCAAAGAAGAAUUAACUCAAGUGGUUGAACAGCAACAGGUGAAGGGAGCCAACAAGCUGGUGUUUGUGAGGUAGACUCACCUAGUUGGGCUCUGCCUAAGGUUGAGCCAAACCCUGUGUUUCCUAGAACUUAGGGUUGGGGUGGGAACUGGAGGUGCUUGCCAGCUAUUAGGAAAUGAAAGAGCAAAGGUUAUGAAUGAACCCUGUGGUCCCCAGAAAGCAUGAAGAGUUCCAGAACUGGUUACGCCACAGACCUACCAGACCUAUCUGUAUGUUUUCUUCCUCCUCAUCCCCCACCUCACCCCAGGAAGGCAUUGGAUAUGUGUAACUUUUAUGCAUGUGUGUUGGACCAAUGGACUUCACAGCAUCAAGAGGGCCAAGUGCCUGAAGACAUCUCUCACUCCUGUGGCUAGGCAUUGUCUUUGCUGUGUUCAGAGAGCUCUGGAGGAAAUGGAGCCUGUUUUGUUCCAAGUAGAGGCAGCUUGUGCUGUCCAUGGGACUGGACUAAAUGGCUUAUGAGUUGAAGGACGUUUCAGAAUGCCUGACUGUUCAUACCUCGCUUAGGAUGGUGAAGGGAUGCUAUGGGUACCACCCUACCCCAGCAAUACUCCCUGGGGGACUUUCUACAGAUGAAUUUAAUAAUAUAUAUGUCAUACUAUGUGGAGUGGUCCCAUUACAGUUGAUUGUGUAGCUCUUGCCUGGCAUUAAAGCAUGUUUAUUAUUUAAUA